AUGGCAACUAAAACUGUCUUGCUUACUGGUGCUUCAGGCUUCAUUGCCUUGCACACAUUGGACCAAUUACUAAAGAGAAACUACACCGUCAUUGGUACUGUUAGAUCCCAAGAUAAAGCUGAUAAUAUCACAACUCAAUUCAAAAAGGAUUAUCCAAAUGCUCAAUUAACCUUUGCCAUUGUGGAAGAUAUUGGUGCACCAGGCGCUUUUAACAAAGUUUUCCAAGAUCAUCCUGAAAUUGAAGGGGUUUUACAUACAGCUUCACCAGUUUCUUUUGGCUUAAAUGAGGAUUUGAAAGACACAUACUUCACACCAGCUACUGAAGGUACUAGAAACGUUCUGGAAGCUAUCCAGACCUAUGGUAAAAGUGUUAAAAAUGUUGUUGUCACAUCCUCGCUUGCUGCUGUGAUCAAUGGUAACAAGAUUGGUGAUAAAACUUUCAUUCAUACUGAAGAAACAUGGAAUCCAAUCACUUGGGAGGAUGUUAAUACUGGACUUGAGGCUUACGUUGCUUCUAAAACAUUAGCUGAAAAGCUGGCAAGAAAAUUUGCUGAUGAAAAGAAACCAUCGUGGACAUUAACCACUAUCAACCCACCAUUCGUUUUAGGACCUCAAAAGCUUGAAUUUUCAUUGACAAAUAAAACUUUGAAUACAUCUGCGGAAAUUGUCAAUGAGCUAUUAUAUUCAGAUCCAAACGACACUCACUUCUUUGAUGCUCCACUUGGUACUUUUAUUGACGUUCGUGAUGCUGCCUUAGUCCAUGUCUUACCAUUAGAGAACGAGAAUUUAUCUGGAAAAAGAUUAAUUCCAAUUCAAGAUGUGUAUAAUGGUCAGAAACUCUUAAAUAUCAUCAACAAAACUUUUCCAGAAUUAGAGGGUAAGAUUGCUAAAGGAUCACCCGAAAAUGCUGAUAGACAUGCUGAAGAGAGUAACAUCUAUUAUGAUACUUCAAAGACUUUGGAAUGGACUGGUAUUAAAUCUUGGAUCACUUUGGAAGAAUCUGUUAAGGAUUCUGUUAGGCAAAUUUUGGAUUAUAGAUCCAAACACUGA